AGGGUCAGUGGCCUCAUCCUGGUGUUGCAUCUUCUCCCAUCGCCUGAGGAACUGGAGGUCCUUCGCCUUGUGAGCCCUUGUCCCCCCCAGUGGGGUGUCCCAAGGCAAUUGCCAGUCCAAGAGCAGCAGGUGGUGGUCCAGCUUCCAGAGUGAUCCCAGGUACAGGGAGACAGCCGGGUUCAGGAGGGUCCUUGUUGUCCUCUUGGUCCUGGCACAGCCCUGUUGUCAGUAACUCCUGCCAGCUCCAGGCACAAGGCAGGCAUGUUGGGGUGGCUCCAUGUCCUGGGGACAUUUUCAUACCAAGAAGGUUCACAGCUGCUGGUGGAGCCCCUGGGCAGGGGGAUUCUUCAUGCAUGUGUUCCAAGUGGAGGGACACAGCUGGGUGGGGGUACCCACAUCAUGGGGUAUUUAGUGGGGUGUCCCAGCUCACCCUGCAACCACUGGCAACCCUGUGCUGUGGCAGACCUGGCCCCUUGAGCCUCCCUUGUCCGUGGGGUCUGUCCCUCCUGGCUACCAACAGGGUGGUGGCCGAUGUCCCCACAUUCAGGCUGGGUCAGCAGCCAAGAGCCAAGCAACACCACUGCUCCACAACUCAUCUUUAUGCAGACUGCCAGCACCCCACUGGCCCUUCAGCAGCCCCACCGCCCUGGGAGUGCUGACGGGUCUCACCCCACACUCCCAUCAGAGCCCCAUGGCGACGGGACCCUGGGCCGAGCAUCACCCGUCCAUCAGGGGCCCAGGAGUGCGGAAGCUGGACCGCAGUGCGCCGGGGAGGGGGCUGUCGCCGCGGCAACCGCCGUCGCCUAGCGCCGGCUGUCUCCCGGUAACCCGUCGCCUAGCAAUGGGGGAUUUCACAGCUCGGGAUGAAGAGUUGAAAGUUAUUUUUAGCCCGGGCUGUGAAUCAAUAGGCAGCUCCAUUCGCCGCCCCGCAGGAUGCACGGGCGGGGCCUUGCUAUAGUGGUGGCAGGGGUCUGCCAUGGGGACCGCAUGGCCUGGGGUCUGCCAUCGAGACCGCAUGGCCUGGCCAGCCUGGGGUCACCACCCUGGCACAGCCCCACCCGGGACACCCAAGGCUCAGCCUCUCUGGGCCCCCCCAGUGCCCUCUACAGGGCUCGGACCCCCUGGACCUCCCCCACCAAGGAUCUGACACCCCCCAGGCCUCAUGCAGGGGAGGGUGGGUGAGGGCAGGGGACCAAGUGGACCAUUGCCUUGCUGUUGGGACCCUCACCUCACUGUGGAGGUUCUCUUUCAGCUGUGAGGACCCUCAUCCAACUGCUGGAGGCCUCAUCCUGCCAUGGGGACCUGCUCCCACUAGUGUGGUCCCCCACUAGUCCACAAGGGAUGUGGACAUCCCUUGCCAUGGGGACACCCUCCUUGCCACGGGAAUCCUCUUUAUGCUGUGGGGACCCUUGCCUUGACAUGUGAACUCCCUCUUGCCCAUUGCACCCUUGCCCUGCCACAGGGACCCCCAUCUUGCCAUGGGAACCCCCACCUUGCCAUGGGGACUCCCUCCUUGCCAUUGACAUCUUUGCUGUGGGGACCCUUGCCCUGACAUAUGGACACCCUCUUUGCCUUGGGGACUACUGCCUUGCCAUGGGGACCCCAUCCUUGCUGUGUCACAGGGACCCUCACCCCAUGCUUCCCUUCCUGACAGGCUCCCUGAGCUCCUCCAGCCUCUCCAGGGCUCAUGCCUGCCCUCAGGAACACCAGCCUGGGAGUCCGGAUGACCAAGGGCAGCAGGGGGGGAUGGAGUCUGCUCAGCACCCAGGUUCCAUGGGGAAGGGCUGGGAGUAUCCCAGCAUGACCCUGGUGUUGAGUUGGGCAUUGAGGUGAGCUCCUCAGCUAUUUUUGAACGAUGAGGUGGGUGCCUAGCACAGCUGCAUCUCCUUUGGGUGCUCAGCUGAGCACCCACGCAGCUGUGGGAGGCCAGGUAGCAAGAUGUAGAGGCUGGGGAACCCCAAAAAGGGGGCUCCCAGCCUCUGAGCAGCUCCUCCCGAGUCCCCUUUCUGCAUUUCCAGGAGGGUUUUUGCCUCUGGACCUUGCCCUUCCUGUCACCCACCCACAGCACAGGAGCACCCAGGGCCCCUUGGUCCCCACUGGUGGGAGAUACCCCAUCCUGGAGCACCCGUUCAAUGCUGGGGGCCCAGCACAAGGCAGAGCUGGAGCUGCCAGAGCGAGUCCAGAGGAGACCAUAGGAAUGGCCAGGGCGGGAAGGUCUCUCCUGUGGAUGAAGGCCAGGAGAGGUGGGGUGGGUGAGCCCUGAGAAGACAUUCUGGAGCCCGUCAGCGUGUGAGGGGCUGGUAGGGAUGAUGGAGAUGGGAGAAGGGUGACAGCUUUAGGCUGGAAGAGAAUGGAUUUAGGCUGGAUAUAAAGCAAGAACACGGGGUACGGGGGAACUGCCUCCUUGCCUGGGGGAAAUGUCCGUGCCAAGGGCAGGGCUUCGACCAGGGGAUCCGUGAAAGUCCUAUUGGAUUAGUCCAUCCCCUGCCCCGCGGCGGGACGUGGGUCCCACCACAGACACUCCAUCACCCGGAGACCCCCGGAGUGCCCAGCCCGGGGGGGUCCCGGCUGGGGGCGGCGGCCGGAGCAGCCGCAGUGCCCGUGGUCACAAGAGGGCACUGCGAGCUCGAGCGUCCCGGGGACCGGACCGGGGAGGGACCGGUGACCGGAGCGCCCCAGGACCUGCUGCCGGAUCCCCUGCACCCUGUUCGGGCAGGUCCCGGGGGGCAGCUGGUCCCCGGCCCCGCAGCCCUCCCUGUGGCGGCGGGGACAAGGGGACACGGACAAGGGGGCACGGGGUAGUAGCUCCGGUGAAGCCCGGAGAUGCUCUGCCCCACGGGGGGGGCCUUGUCCGGUCCCAGCCCAGUCCCAGCUCAAGUGGCUGCUCCUAGGGGGCUCCGGCCCCCCCAAGGCCGUGCCCGAGGGCAGGGGUGGCCCGGGGGGUACACGCCAGGGGUGGCCACGGUGGCUUUGUCCAGCUGGGGCCGAGGUUCUUCCCAAAACACUCGGUUAAGGUGGGUAGGGGGUUUCCUCCCCCUCCCCGGGCUGGGGGAGGUGGGUCACGGGUGCAAAGUCACCCAGGGGUGCUGCCGUGGGGCUGGGGCAGAUUCACCGCCGUGUGUCCAUGGGGACACCGGGGUCCAGCCUGCGAAUGGCCGAGUCCCACCUCCCCUCACGCUGGGGUGUCCCAAGGGAAACCCCCCCCGAGGGGCCCCACGGGGCUGGGGCAUCAGUCUGGGUGAAGUCCUUGCCUGGGGACACCAGCGCCUGGUGCCACCCCACUGCGGUGCCACUUCGCCUAUGGGGACCCGGCAGGGGCUGUGGGGGGGGUCCCUGUUUCCCACGCCAGGCCCGGAGCCCACCCGGCCCCGCUUCCACAGGGAUCCGGCCCCGGACCACAUCCCCUGGUGCCGGGGUCACUGUGACCCGCAGCCGGGCCCUCGCAGCCCGCCACCCUCGGCAGACCCCCAGUACAAGACUCAGUGGGCACAGAGCCCCCCACCCCGACUCCUCAGCACCCCGAACCGCCCACCCGACCCGCUCCACCUUAACCCGCAGCCCCUCCGGCCCCUCAUUUUCCACGGAUUCCAGCAGCCUGACUUGCUUCAGCAUCAGCCCAUGGCGGGAGGGCCGAGAAUCCCUCUCUCCCGCCUGGCCCCCUCCCCUUACCCCCCUUCUCCUCUUUCUUUCCACUCUCCAAAUUUACAAUCCCUCAUUUCCAUUCUGCUCCACCCUCUCGCCAGGACUUUGUUCCCGGCCUGUAUCAUCCCAUCCCAAUUGUUCCCUGUUUAUUUCAAACGUUUUGGCGGGCUGUCACUGGAUGGACACUUAAUUAAUUGUGGGGCUGGCGCAAUAGCGGCUGGGGGGUGUGUGUGAUAAAAUUGGGGGGGUUGGAAGUGCGGGUUCGGGUGUGCGGAGCCCCCCAUUCCAGACCCACGCCAUGUGCCGCUAUGGCCCCGGUUAAGGGUGUCCCCGUGGGGAGGGGUGUGCUGCUGCUGGGGGGAGGGUGUAUGGAGGUUGGGGGGUGUAUAAGUCUUGGGGUGCACACUUCUAGGGGCGCACAAACCAGGGGGCUGAAUUUUGGGGGGUGUAGCCUGUGGUGUGCAUAAGUCAGGGUUCGUACAGGUUUGGGGUGUACAUAGCCUGAGGUGUGCAUAGCUUGGAGUGUGUAUAAUUCAGGGUGUGCAUAGUUGGGCUGUGCAUAGCUUGAGGUGUGAACAGCCUGGAGUUCCUGUUGCCUGGGGCGUGCAUAACUGGGGGUGUACAUAACUUGGGGUGUCAUGGCCUGGGGUAUACGUAGCCUGAGAUGUGUGUAGCCUGGGGCAUGCAUAAGUUGGGGCGCAUAUGGCCUGGGCUGUACAUAGCUUGGGGUGCACAUAACUGGGGGUGUGCACAGUUGGGGUGUCGAUAGUUGGGCUGUAUAUAUCCUGGGGUGCCUGUAUGCUGGGGUCUGCAUGACCUGGGGUGUGUGCAGUUGGGCUGUUACACCCCGGGGAGCACCGCGCAGCCCCAGCCCUGCCCCGAGGCUCAGCCCCGGCCCUCCCCCGCCGGUGUGUCCCCCGCGAUCUCCGGAGCCGCGGGGGGGUCCGGGGAUGCCGGUGCGGGCGCUGCCGGUGCCCCCGGCGGCGGGUGCGGGGGGAGAUGGGGGGGAGAUGGGAGAUGUCGGCCCCGCCCCGCCGCCGCCAUUGGCGGAAAGUUCGGGGCGCGGCGCGGGGUGUCGGCCCCGCUGCCCGCUCCCCGCCCGCGGCCGGUGCGGGCAGCGCGGGCAGGGCCGGGCCGCCGCGGGGCCGCCGCGGCAGCGGCCAUGUGGGCGCUGCGGGCGCUGUGCCUGGCCGGGCUGGGCGCGGCGCUCGGCGGCGCCUCGGCGGAUCCGUGCAGCUGGAGGGGCAGGUAGGGACUGGCACCGGCACACGCGGGUCCCCGGCUCAGCACCCCCCUCCAAACCCCGCUGCCCGGCUCCCAGGCCUCCCCCGGGAGCACCCCCUCUGUGCAGAGGCUGCCACCGCCUCCUGCAUCCGUGGGGCAGGGUUGCGAUGGGACCUGCUCCUGCCUCAGUUUCCCCAUCCCGGGGAUGUACGGGGUCCGGGCCCGCUUCACCGGGAACCCUUCCCACAGGCCCUUCCCUCGUGAAUCCCAGCCCCGCGGCCCCUGGGGCCCCUCGGCAGGGCCCGGAGCGCCGCCGGCCGCGAUGGGGAAGGGGCCGAGCUCCGGAACAAAGGGCCGGGGUUGCCGCAAGCCCCACGCGGGACCGUGGGAAGCACAGGGGGACACAAGACCCGGCAGCACUGUGGCCGGGACAAAGCAGCCCCACGGUUGCCUCCGCUCCCCCGGGCCAGGCUUUCCCGCUUGUCUCUCCCCGCCCCAAAUAUUCAACAGGCAGGACGUGGCUUCGGACACCGAUUCCACGCGAGCCCGAAUCCCACGGGGGGGGUGGUAACCCCCCAGCUCCCACUGGGGAUCCCCCAAAGUUGGGGGGUGCAAGGAACAGGCGACCCUAAGGCCGUGGGUCCUGCGGCUUCGGAGGCUGGGAAGUCCACUCUGGGUGCAAGGGGGGGGGGUGUGCUGCUGCGGCCCCCCCAGCACCUACCCAGGGGAUUGGUGGGGUCGAGCACCCCCAAAUGAUACACUUGCACCCCGUGGCAUCGAGGGUUUGGUGCUAUUCCUGCCUGUGUUCAUCCUGCACAGCUCCAUGGGGUGCUUGGGGGAAAUGGGCUGGGAAGGUCCCCAUCACCUGGGGGGACGGGCUGGGGGUCCCCAUGAGCCGGCGUGUCCCGGUGACGGGGGUGCUAUGCCUCGCAGCGGGCUGUUGCAGGAGGCGGGCAGCGUGGAGCAGCUCUCCCUGCCCUGCGCCGAGGGCUCUCUGGAAUGGCUGUACCCCACGGGGGCCCUUCGCCUGCGCCUGGCCCCUCGCCUGCCCCCCGCCACCGCCGCUGCCACGGGCGGGAGCCCCCAGCACAUCACCGCCUGUGUCAAACCUGCUGGCACCUUCCGGGGGGCUCAGCUCUACCUGGAGCGGGACGGGGUGCUGGAGCUGCUGCUGCCCGAGGCGCCGCGGCCCCGCGUGCGCUGCUUCAGCUGGGCGCCCCAGGAGAAGGUGGCCCUGUUCCUGCAGGCCACCCCCCACCGCGACAUCAGCCGCCGCAUCGCUGCCUUCCGCUACGAGCUGCGGGGGGACUGGCUGGCCCGCCCCGCGCUGCCCGCCACCAGCCUCACCGGGGAGGGGGCGUGCCGGCCGUGCAACGACACCGAGAUCCUGAUGGCCAUUUGCACUAGUGACUUUGUGAUCCGCGGCAGCAUCCGGAGCGUCUCCAACGAUGUGGAGCUGCAGGAAUCCAUCAUCGGGGUGAGCGCCGCGCGCAUCCACCGCCAGAAGUUCCCCCUGUUCCAGGCGGGGGGGCGGCCGGCGGGCAGCAUCCGCACCCCGCUGCGCUGCGGCGUCAGGCCGGGCCCCGGCACCUUCCUCUUCACGGGGUGGCUGCACUUCGGCGAGGCCUGGCUGAGCUGCGCGCCCCGGUACCGGGACUUCCAGCGCAUCUACCAGGGGGCACAGCGCGCACGCCAGAACCCCUGCGAGUUCCCCAUGGACUGAGCGGCUCGGGGCGGGGGGACAGCCCAGCCCCACGGGUGCUGCGGGGUCCUGCAGGCAGCGAGAGCAUCCCUGGGGUUGGAUGGUGCCUGGAGAGAGGGGCAGUGAUUUGGUCCUUGCCGUGCAGCCGGGCUCCAGCAGCACCCACCGAUGGGCUGGGGGUGUCCUGGGAAAAUCCUGCUGGAAGGGAAGGGGUUUUCCCAGGGACCUGCCCGGGUGAGGGGUGCCGUGGUGUGGGGCAGGGGGUUGGGGGCUCCCAGGGGACCGGGGUGCUGCAGGCUCAGGGGGUGCUGUGCGUGCAGCACGAUGGGGGUGGCUGUUGUCCCCCCCGGGAGGGCACGGUGAUGGGUGGCCAUGGCAGUGGGUGCCAUAGUGGGGUGUGGAAGGGCCAGGAGGUGAUUUGUAAUGUCAGGGGUGGAAGUGGGAGCAGGAUGGCAGCGAGCCUUGCCCUGGCCCUGCCUGCAGCGGGGGGAAUGGGCAGGGGCCAUGGAGUGGAUGCUGAGGAAGAGGAGUGAGGCUGAAGGAAGUGAGGGGAUGGCGAGGGGGUAGGAAGGCUGGUGCAGGACCAAAGCACCGAUGCAGGAAGGUGCCAUAGGAGUGGGGAGAGGUUGGGACAGGCCGGGACAUGCUGCCCAUCCUGCCACCGUGGCCUCGCAGCGGCUGCCGGGUCAUCCCGGUGGGUCACAGUGUGCCGGACGGGGGGAGUGUUUUGGCCAUGGGGGUGGGGGGCAUUGUAUGUGCACUACAGUGAUAACGAUACCAAAUGUGUGACUUUUUUGAUAAACUAAGCUGUCUUUGUAGAGCAUGUGUGUGAGACUCCUUGGUUUGUAGGCAGCUGAGCGGGAUGGUCACCAGCGAGCCCGUGCCUCCCCAUGUGCCAGCUCCAGCCACUGACCCUGCCCUGGAAACACUACUACUCUUUAUAUAUCUCUCUACAUAAAGUGAUACAUUGCUGUUUCUAAAUGCUGCAUCCCUGGGAUGGGUCAUUUUGAGGUUCCUCUUUCUGGGUAUUGGCAGUGGGCCCAUGCCGGGGGUUGACUAGCCAUUGUCAGGGCUGAUUCUCGUCAAAGCCACUGGCCACAAGGCCUCGCGGUGCUGGACUACAUCGUGCUGGUGUCCCAGCCCCACCACUGCCCCCCUCCAUGGGCUCCUGUGGGCUGUGUGUGGUGGUGUGGAGGGGGACAGGACCCCAGCAGUGAUGGGGCACAGGAACCCCAGCCAGGACCUUUCCUCCACAUCAGUGAUGCCCGUAGGAGCUCAGUGCUGGAAAAGCUCAGCCCCUGAGCAGCCAGAGCAGAGCUGCUCCAGCCCUCGCAGCAU